UUGUAGUCCGGCGGGGGGGCAGCGGCUCAUGCGCGGUCCAUGGAGGUUUGUUGCCCAUCUGUAACAACAGGAGGAGGAGGAGGCCCAGCCUCGGGAUGAGGAAUAGGACCGUGAUAAUCCAGUUCCCAAUCAAAAACUCCGGAACGCCGAGACUCUCACUGCUCUUGUAAGGACUCCCGCCGUUUUCACUCUGACAGAAAUGUUUAGCCUGGAUUCAUAUAGGAAAGAUCGGGCCCAACAAAGGCAGCAGCAGUUCAAACUCCCCCCGCCCCGCCUUCCCCCGCUGUGCGUCAACGCCGCCCCCGGAGGGGCCAUCUCUCGGGCUUCUCGAGACUUGCUGAAGGAAUUUCCGCAGCCCAAAAACCUCCUCAACAGCGUGAUCGGAAGAGCCCUCGGCAUCUCCCACGCAAAGGACAAACUGGUCUACGUCCACAGCAACGGGCCGAAGAAAAAGAAAGUCACCCUACAUAUCAAGUGGCCCAAGAGCGUGGAGGUGGAAGGCUAUGGCAGCAAGAAGAUUGACGCGGAGAGACAGGCCGCCGCCGCCGCGUGCCAGCUCUUUAAGGGCUGGGGCCUGCUGGGCCCCCGGAACGAGCUGUUCGACGCGGCCAAGUACCGCACGCUCGCCACCCGCUUCGGCUCGUCGGCCGACAGCUGGUGGCGGCCGGAGCCCACCGUGCCGGUCAACUCCUGGAGGCAGCUGACCCCCGAGAGCAUCCGGCCGCUGGGGCCCGGCGGGAGCCUGUCCCGCUCCAUCGGCCGGGAGGAAGAGGAGGAGGAGGAGGAGGAGCUGGAAGAAGGAACGAUCGACGUCACCGACUUCCUGUCCAUGACCCAGCAGGAUUCGCACACCCCACUCAGGGAUGGGAGGGGCGGCUCCUUGGAGCUGUGCGACGACGACAGCGCCAUCCGGGCGUUGACCCUGUUCCCGCUGCCCAAGAACCUCCUGGCCAAGGUGAUCCAGAUCGCCACCUCCUCCUCCACCGCCAAGAACCUCAUGCAGUUCCACACCGUGGGCACCAAGACGAAGCUCUCCACCCUGACCCUCCUCUGGCCCUGCCCCAUGACCUUCGUCGCCAAGGGACGCCGCAAAGCCGAGGCGGAGAACAAGGCGGCGGCCCUGGCCUGCAAGAAGCUGAAGACCCUGGGCCUGGUGGACCGGAACAACGAACCGCUGACCCACGCGAUGUACAACUUGGCGUCCCUGAGGGAGCUGGGUGAGACCCAGCGCCGACCCUGCAUCAUUCAGGUGCCGGAGCCCAUCCUGCGCAAGAUGGAGAACUACCUGAACCACUACCCCGUGGACAACUCGUGGAUCACCCCGGAGCCGCGGCUGCAGAGCAACGACUCCCUGCACCUGAGCAAGGACGCGGGCCCCCCGAGCGACCCCAUCACGGGGAAGCCGUACGUGGCGCUGUCGGAGGGCGAGGAGCUGCAGCUGAGCCAGGGCCUGCUGGAGCUGUGGCGGCGGCGGGGGCCGGCCCGGCCGGAGGCCCACCGCCUGCCCGUGGACCCGCACCGGGACGCCAUCCUGGCGGCCAUCGAGAGGCACCCCGUGGUGGUGAUCGCGGGGGACACGGGCUGCGGGAAGACGACGCGCAUCCCCCAGCUGCUGCUGGAGCGCCACGUGACCGAGGGCCGGGGCGCCCGCUGCAACGUCAUCAUCACCCAGCCCCGCCGCAUCUCGGCCGUGUCGGUGGCCCAGCGCGUGGCCCACGAGCUGGGGCCCUCCCUGCGCCGCAACGUGGGCUUCCAGGUGCGCCUGGAGAGCAAGCCGCCCGCCCGGGGCGGGGCCCUGCUCUUCUGCACCGUGGGCAUCCUGCUGCGCAAGCUGCAGAGCAACCCGGGCCUGGAGGGCGUCAGCCACGUCAUCGUGGACGAGGUCCACGAGCGCGACGUCAACACGGACUUCCUGCUCAUCCUGCUCAAGGGGCUGCGGCGGCUGAACCCCGGCCUGCGGCUGGUCCUCAUGAGCGCCACGGGCGACAACGAGCGCUUCGCCCGCUACUUCGGGGGCUGCCCCGUCAUCAAGGUGCCCGGCUUCAUGUACCCGGUCAAGGAGCACUACCUGGAGGACAUCCUGGCCAAGCUGGGCAAGUACCAGCCCCGGCACCGGCACCACGAGUCCGACGACGAGUGCGCCCUGGACCUGGACCUGAUGACCGAUCUGGUUCUGCACAUCGAUGCCCGCGGGCCCCCAGGUGGGAUCCUGUGCUUCCUCCCGGGCUGGCAGGAGAUCAAAGGCGUCCAGCAGCGACUGCAGGAGGCCCUCGGCGCCCAGGAGAGCAAGUACCUAGUCCUGCCCGUGCACUCCAACAUCCCCAUGAUGGACCAGAAGGCCAUCUUCCAGCAGCCCCCGGCCGGGGUGCGCAAGAUCGUCCUGGCCACCAACAUCGCCGAGACCUCCAUCACCGUCAACGACAUCGUGCACGUGGUGGACAGCGGCCUGCACAAGGAGGAGCGCUACGACCUCAAGACCAAGGUGUCCUGCCUGGAGACCGUGUGGGUGUCGCGGGCGAACGUGAUCCAGCGCCGGGGGCGGGCCGGGCGCUGCCAGUCGGGCUACGCCUACCACCUGUUCCCCCGCAGCCGGCUGGAGAAGAUGGCACCCUUCCAGGUGCCCGAGAUCCUGCGCACCCCCCUGGAGAACCUGGUGCUUCAGGCCAAGAUCCACAUGCCCGAGAAGACGGCCGUCGAGUUCCUGUCCAAAGCCGUGGAUAGCCCCGACAUCAAGGCCGUGGACGAGGCGGUCAUCCUGCUUCAAGAGAUCGGCGUGCUGGACCAGCGGGAGUUCCUGACCACCCUGGGCCAGCGCCUGGCUCACAUCUCCACCGACCCGCGCCUGGCCAAGGCCAUCGUGCUGGCGGCCAUCUUCCGCUGCCUGCACCCGCUGCUGGUGGUCGUCUCCUGCCUCACCCGCGACCCCUUCAGCAGCAGCCUGCAGAACCGGGCCGAGGUGGACAAGGUGAAGGCCCUGCUGAGCCACGACAGCGGCAGCGACCACCUGGCGUUCGUGCGGGCCGUGGCCGGCUGGGAGGAGGUGCUGCGUUGGCAGGACCGCGACUCCCGGGAGAGCUACCUGGAGGAGAACCUGCUGUACGCCCCCAGCCUGCGCUUCAUCCACGGCCUCAUCAAACAGUUCUCGGAGAACAUCUACGAGGCCUUCCUGGUGGGGAAGCCCUCCGACUGCACCCUGCCCUCCGCCCAGUGCAACCAGUACAGCGACGAGGAGGAGCUGGUGAAGGGCGUCCUCAUGGCCGGCCUCUACCCCAACCUCAUCCAGGUGAGGCAGGGGAAGGUGACCCGCCAGGGGAAGUUCAAGCCCAACAGUGUCACUUACCGGACCAAAGCUGGCAACAUCCUCCUGCACAAGUCCACCAUCAACAGGGAGGCGACGCGGCUGCGCAGCCGCUGGCUGACGUACUUCAUGGCCGUCAAGUCCAACGGCAGCGUCUUCGUGCGCGACUCGUCCCAGGUCCACCCGCUGGCCGUCCUGCUGCUGACGGACGGCGACGUCCACGUCCGAGACGACGGGCGCCGGGCCACCAUCGCCCUGAGCGACAACGACCUGCUGCGGCUGGAGGGCGACUCGCGCACGGUGCAGCUGCUGCGGGCGCUGCGGCGAGCCCUGGGGCGCAUGGUGGAGCGCUGCCUGCGCUGCGAGCUGCCCGCCCUCCCCCCGGACCUGCAGCACGAGCACGGACAGCUGCUGGCCCUGCUCGCCGAGCUGCUGCGCGGGCCCUGCGGCAGCUUCGACGUGCGCAAGACGGCCGACGACUGAGCCCCU